GGGGCAAGUGAGAGCCGGACGGGCACUGGGCGACUCUGUGCCUCGCGGAGGAUAAAUAAUUAAACAUGGGCAAAGGAGAUCCUAAGAAGCCGAGAGGCAAAAUGUCAUCAUAUGCAUUCUUUGUGCAAACUUGCCGGGAGGAGCACAAGAAGAAGCACCCGGAUGCUUCAGUCAACUUCUCAGAGUUUUCUAAGAAGUGCUCAGAGAGGUGGAAGACCAUGUCUGCUAAAGAGAAAGGAAAAUUUGAAGACAUGGCAAAGGCGGACAAGGCCCGUUAUGAAAGAGAAAUGAAAACUUAUAUCCCUCCUAAAGGGGAAACAAAAAAGAAGUUCAAGGAUCCCAAUGCACCCAAGAGGCCUCCUUCGGCCUUUUUCUUGUUUUGUUCUGAGUAUCGUCCAAAAAUCAAAGGCGAACAUCCUGGCCUGUCCAUUGGUGAUGUUGCAAAGAAACUGGGAGAGAUGUGGAAUAACACUGCUGCGGAUGACAAGCAGCCUUAUGAGAAGAAGGCUGCUAAGCUGAAGGAAAAGUAUGAAAAGGAUAUUGCUGCAUACCGAGCUAAAGGGAAGCCUGAUGCAGCAAAAAAGGGAGUUGUUAAGGCCGAAAAAAGCAAGAAAAAGAAGGAAGAGGAGGAAGACGAGGAAGAUGAAGAGGAUGAGGAGGAGGAAGAAGAUGAAGAGGAUGAGGAGGAGGAAGAAGAUGAUGAUGAUGAAUAAGUUGGUUCUAGCGCAGUUUUUUUUUUUCUUGUCUAUAAAGCAUUUAACCCCCCUGUACACAACUCACUCCUUUUAAAGAAAAAAAAUUGAAAUGUAAGGCUGUGUAAGAUUUGUUUUUAAACUGUACAGUGUCUUUUUUUGUAUAGUUAACACACUACCGAAUGUGUCUUUAGAUAGCCCUGUCCUGGUGGUAUUUUCAAUAGCCACUAACCUUGCCUGGUACAGUAUGGGGGUUGUAAAUUGGCAUGGAAAUUUAAAGCAGGUUCUUGUUGGUGCACAGCACAAAUUAGUUAUAUAUGGGGAUGGUAGUUUUUUCAUCUUCAGUUGUCUCUGAUGCAGCUUAUACGAAUAAUUGUUGUUCUGUUAACUGAAUACCACUCUGUAAUUGCAAAAGAAAAAGAAAAAAAGUUGCAGCUGUUUUGUUGACAUUCUGAAUGCUUCUAAGUAAAUACAAUUUUUUUUAUUAAAAAAAAAAAA